UUAGACAGUUUUACAAACUAUCGAGCACGUGGACGAGGAAUCAUAACCUAAGUGAACAUGAAAUAAAUAAAGCGUUGUGAUUAAUAGUUAGAAAGUUUGGAUCAAUAAUUUUCGAGCUUACUUAUCAUUGAAAACACGGAGUUUAUAUUGAUUUAUAGACAACAUGGCCAAGUCAUCAGCAAUGACGAAGAAACCUCGGAAAGAGGGAUUCAAUCGCUCUGGCCACAGCAUGAAUCCUGAAAGGUCAACAGAAGGACUCAAGGGAGUGGCAAAAGUACGAUCAAAAGCAACAAUAAAACGUCUGCAGAUGUAUCGAUGUCAAAAACCAAAACGCAAUAGGUCUGGGAAAAUAUUAACGCCUGCUCCAUUCCAAGGAUGGCAACCAUCAGGGACAGUAUCAAGAAUUGAACCAUCUCAACGUUGGUUCGGAAAUACUAGAGUAAUUUCUCAGAAUGCAUUACAAAAAUUUCAAAAUGAGCUUGGAGCAGCAAUAAAAAAUCCGUAUCAAGUUGUUAUGAAGCCAACUCAACUUCCAGUAACGCUACUUGAACAAAAAGCAGCCCAAGCGCGCGUUCAUUUGUUAGAUACAGAGAGUUUCGAUUCGGUAUUCGGACCAAAAAAACAGAGGAAGCGUCCAAAUCUACCUGUUACAUCUUAUGACGAGAUGCAGAAGCAAGUGGAAGAAAGAGAGGUGGAAUACGAUAAAGAAAAAAAUAUAAAGGACUUUGACCUCAUAAAACCUGAUGAUGGAAUACGGGAUGCACAGCGUGAUUGGAUUAUGGGUGCAGGUCAAAGCAAAAGAAUUUGGAAUGAACUAUACAAAGUAAUCGACUCUUCUGAUGUUAUUUUACAAAUUCUAGAUGCCCGUGACCCAUUGGGUACGCGCUCACCGCCUGUGGAGAAAUAUUUAAAGACGGAAAAACCUCACAAACACUUGAUUUUUAUAUUAAACAAAGUAGACCUGGUACCUACGUGGGUUACGCAAAGGUGGGUUAGUAUUUUAAGCAAAGAAUACCCAACCGUUGCAUUCCAUGCCUCUUUAACGCAUCCGUUUGGGAAAGGUUCUUUGAUUAAUUUAUUACGACAAUUCUCGAAGCUUCAUGUUGAUAAAAAACAGAUAAGCGUUGGUUUCAUUGGCUAUCCAAAUACUGGAAAGAGCUCAAUAAUAAAUACAUUGAGGUCAAAAAAUGUGUGUAAAGUAGCACCGAUUGCUGGUGAAACGAAAGUAUGGCAGUAUAUUACUUUAAUGAAAAGAAUUUACCUUAUUGACUGCCCAGGAGUUGUUUAUCCGUCAGCUGAAACUGAUACGGAAAAAGUUUUGAAAGGCGUUGUUCGAGUGGAACUUGUAAAGAACCCUGAGGAUUACGUGGAAGCUGUAUUAGAACGUGUGAAACCUGAGUACAUAAGUAAAACAUAUAGAAUUGAUGACUGGACAGAUCAUCUUGACUUUUUAGAAAAGCUGGCACGGAGAUCAGGAAAAUUAUUGAAAAAGGGAGAGCCAGAUAUUGGAGUCGUCGCCCGCAUGGUGUUGAACGAUUGGCAGCGUGGAAAGUUGCCUUUCUUUGUAGCUCCAAAAGAUUUUUCAGUGCCGUUAUCUCAACAAACAGGCUCAUCUGAGGGCCUAGUCGUGGAAAAUAAUGAAGAAACUAAAGAAGAGGGUCGGCCUGAUGCGGAUACUGAACACCAGUCAACCAUUUCUGAAAGCAAAAAUUCAUCUCAACCGCCUUUAAAUGUUAUUCAAGACUUUCGAAAGAUUCGUGUAACUUUAAAUUACUUAGGAGAUGAUGUUAAAAUGCUUGACGUCACCGGAAUAAAUAGAGAUGCGUCAGUUGUUAGUGAAAUUAAUUCUCAAGACUCUAGCACUUAUUCGCGAACUCCUCCGGAAUCUGAAGAUGAAGCAGACGAUGGUGAGGUUGAAGAUGCAGUAGAUGAGAUUGUAGAAAAAAAAGAUAAAGACCUAGUGUCAGAGAUUGAUGAAGGAAAACAACUUAUAGAGGCGGAGCAACAAGAGGUCAAAGACAAUCUGAUGCAAAGUGUUUUUGAUGCACUCCCACAGGAAUACGAUUCUAGUGACAGUGAAAAUCAACCAACUAAAACAAUAAAAAGUACCAGUGGUACCUUUCAAGUUCUUUCCACGGCUGAAGAAGAUAAGGCGAAGAGGAGACUUUUAACCAGUAAACAAAGACGAAGAAUAGAACGUGAAAGUAAAAGAAAGAAAAUAGGUAGUAACUUUUAUGAAGUUACUAAUGUGAAAAACAGGAAUCGUAAUAGAAGCGUUCCAAAAAUAAAAAGACUGUAGGGUUUAUUUUAUUGAUUACAUGUUGGAAAUUAAUAAAUUAAUAAAUAUGUAUAUCAUUUUA